UAUUCUUUUCCCUUCAUUUUUCCGAAUGGAAGUAGCAAUUUCUCGUCCAAGCCGGCUUGGUGGGGAAGAGAGGUUGCGGGGGAACGAAAGAAGAUGGCAGAUCGACAGCAGAACCCUCGUCUCAUGCUCAGCAACUUUCUCUCUCUGGAGCAGUGCAAGGAGCUGGAGUUUAUUCACAAGAGCUGCAGCACGGUUGGGUACAGGCCGAGCGUCUUCUCCACCACGCUCUCUCAUCUCAUCGCGACGAACUCGGCCCACUUGAUCGUGCCUCUUGUGCUCAUCCGCGAAAAACUGAAAGAGAAGGUGGAGGAAUUCUUUGCAUGUGAGUAUGAGCUCUGUAUCGAAUUUACUGGUCUUGUCAGCUGGACUAAAGGAGCGAGCAUUGGAUGGCAUAGUGAUGAUAACAGGCCCUAUCUGAAACAGAGAAACUUUGCGGCAGUUUGUUAUUUGAAUAGCUAUGGGAGAGAUUUUAGAGGUGGGCUAUUCCAUUUCCAGGAUGGUGAACCCACAACUGUUAAACCUUCAGCGGGCGAUGUUCUGAUAUACACUGCUGACAACCGAAAUGUACAUUCUGUUGACGAGAUCAUUGACGGGGAAAGACUUACUCUUACACUAUGGUUUAGCCGUGAUGGUUCUCAUGAUGAGGAUGCCAAACUUAUCUCUCGUCUCUCAGAGAUUUUCUCAAGCGAGGUGACUGAUGUUCCUGGCUUCAACUUACCCUUGCCAGCAUCCAGUAAUAUGUACUGGUUUUCACCAGAUCAAUCUUCUGACCACGACUCAGCAAUCAACAUAUGCUGUGCAAGAAUAUAUGCUCUGGGAUUUGGUAUUUGUCCUUUGGAGGACAAGACGAACUUCUUGGAUGUGUCUGAUCUUUUGAUGAAACUGCUGCAGUUAACAAGGAAUAAUGGGUUGUUUAACCAGGAAUUUGAAAAUGUUUUGCAUGCACUGCAGGUGGUUCAGUAUUACUCGUGGAAAGCUUCCGAGUUGCAGGGACAGGCCACUAUAUUGGAGGAAGGAAAGGUGAUCCCACUGUCCCGAUCACAAAGCCAGAAGGUAAGGGAUUUGGAAUCAGCAUGUGUAAAGGAUUGCCGAUUGGCGCAGACGACCUUCGGUUGUUUGAGCUGUGAUAGGAGUGGGACUCCUGAAAUAUUUCGUUGGGGCAGCUUUUCUGCUGCUGUUGAUGCAUGGAGAGAUUACACGAAUGAGCUUCACAAGGAUUUACUUAGGAGCUUACCUUACUGGAGAAAUCAUCAGUUGAUCUUCCACGUUGCAUUUGAUGAGCUUUGAAUUAGGGUUUGUUUUCAUAUGCCUUGGCAUUUCAUAAGCUUAAAAUUUCCCU